AUGAAAAUCGACGACGACCACAUGGAUCUACUGAACGGUGUCAUGCCGGACCGUCAGUGGAGGGUAAGACCAGGCCCGGAGCUGUUUGACGCGAUUGCUGUGGCGGCGGCGGUGCCGCGCAUGCCUGCGCUACCGUCGAUGUUCGUCUCAUUUGGAUUGAGCAUGUUCCAUGACUACGGGAUCGUGUUUGAGUGGCUGGGACCGCAAUCUCGGGCAGAGUGGUUCCAGUCGCUGCAGACGGAUGAGGAGCUGAGUGUUAAGCGGUGGAAUGUGACGCUCAUGCCCGAGGCGCGAUAG